GCGGAGGAGAAAAUGCCAUCAUGCCCCCCUCUCGCGCCACAACCCCUUCUCCGGGCCCACCACCCCGUCGGCGCCUCCGAGCUCGCCCAGCACUACGCGGCCCUCCUCCACCGCCUCUCCACCCUCCCCCGCGUCCUCCUCCGCCCCCUCCGCUCCCUCCACGCCCACCUCCUCGUCUCCGGCCUCCGCCCCCGCUCCCACCUCCUCAACCGCCUCCUCCACCUCUACUCCCUCUCCCGCGACCUCCCCUCCGCCCACCGCCUCUUCCUCUCCUCCCCUCCCAACCCCUUCUCCGCCACCUCCCUCCUCUCCGCCUUCGCCGCCUCCCGCCGCCUCGACCUCGCCCUCCGCAUCUUCGCCUCCACCCCCCUCCGCGCCCGCGACCCCGUCCUCUACAACGCCCUCAUCUCCGCCCUCUCCCGCGCCCCCGACGCCGCCGCCGCCGCAGCCGUCCUCCGCUCCAUGCUCCGCGACGGCUUCCGCCCCGACGCCUACACCUUCACCGCCGCCCUCAGCGCCAUCGCCCCCGCCCCCGCCGACGCCGCCCCCGCCCACUGCCGCCAGCUCCACUGCGCCGCCGUCAAGUCCGGAGCCGCCCGCGCCGUGUCCGUCUCCAACGCCCUCGUCGCCCUCUACAUGCGCUGCGGGUCCCCCGUCCCCGCCCGCCAGGUGUUCGACCAAAUGCCCGAGAGAGACGAGCUCACCUGGACCACCGUGGUCGUCGGGUACGUAAGAAUCGGCAGUGUGGAUGAAGCGAGGCGCGUCUUUGAUGCCAUGGACGGGCGGUUCGAUGUUGUCUGGAAUGCGAUGAUUUCCGGGUACGUGCAGUCUGGGAUGGUCUCGGAGGCGUUCGAGUUGUUUAGAGAGAUGCUCUCGAAGCAGAUACCGCUCGACGAGUUCACGUACACCAGCGUGCUCAGCGCCUGCGCCAAUGCGGGACUUCUUCUUCACGGGAAAGCAGUUCAUGCUCAUGUCGUCCGUUCUGGGCCAGAUUUCGAUCCUGAAUCGGCGUUACCGGUUAAGAACGUGUUGGUCACAUUGUAUUCUAAAUGCGCAAAGGUGGAUACUGCAAGAAGGAUCUUUGAUGAGAUUCGAUUGAAGGAUCCCGUCUCAUGGAAUGCUAUCUUGUCGGGGUACGUCAAUUGUGGCCGAGUUGAUGAUGCGCUCGAGAUAUUUAAACAGAUGCCGCAAAAGAGUCAGUUAACUUGGAUGGUGAUGAUUUCGGGAUUGGUUCAAAAUGGGCUUCCAGAAGAAGCAUUGAGGUUGUUCAGUCAGAUGAGGGACGGCAAUCUCAAGCCAUGCGACUACACCUUCGCGGGUGCAAUUGCUGCGUGUGGUGAGGUCGGAGCAUUACAAAAUGGCAAACAGCUUCAUGCGCAGCUCAUCCAAAUUGGUUUUGAGUCGAGCAACUCAGCAGGCAACUCUCUAUUGACAAUGUAUGCGAAAUGCGGAGCCGUGGAACUGGCUCACUUGGUAUUUGUUGUAAUGCCCAAUGUGGAUUCUAUCUCGUGGAACGCGAUGAUCGCUGCCCUAGGGCAGCAUGGGCAUGGAUCAGAAGCAGUAGAGCUCUAUGACCAGAUGAUCGCGGAGGGUUUAUGCCCUGAUCGUAUCACUUUUCUCACCAUCUUAUCAGCAUGCAAUCAUGCGGGGUUGGUGGAUGAAGGGAUUCGGUAUUUCGAGUCAAUGGAGCGAGAUUAUGGUAUUACCCCUGGGGAAGAUCAUUAUGCUCGAUUGAUCGAUCUGUUAGGCCGAGCAGGGCGGAUUGCGGAAGCUAAGGAUGUUAUAAAAUCGAUGCCUUUCGAGCCUACGUCAGCCAUUUGGGAGGCCAUUCUAGCCGGUUGUCGAAUUCAUGGAGAUAUGGAUCUUGGUAUUUAUGCGGCGGAAAAGCUAUUCGAGAUGAUACCGCAUCAUGAUGGAACAUAUAUUCUUUUGUGUAACAUUUAUUCGGCUGUCGGGCGGUGGGAAGAUGCCGCUAGGGUUAGGAAAUUGAUGAAGGAUCGCGGGGUGAAGAAGGAACCUGGAUGCAGCUGGAUUGAGAUUUCUAAUAAAGUGCAUGUGUUCCUUGUUAAUGAUACAACGCAUCCUGAAGUACAGCUAGUAUACCAAUUCCUUGAUAUACUCGGUGUUAAGAUGAGAAAGUUGGGUUAUGUCCCGGAUACUAAGUUUGUGUUGCAUGACAUGGAGCCUCAGCAAAAGGAGUAUGUAUUAUCUACACAUAGCGAGAAGUUGGCGGUUGCAUUUGGGCUUUUAAAGCUGCCUCAUGGAGCUACUGUAAGAGUCCUUAAGAAUUUGAGAAUCUGCGGCGAUUGCCAUACUGCGAUCAUGUUUAUGUCGAAGGCCAUCGGGAGAGAGAUAGUUGUUAGAGACGCUAAACGGUUUCACCAUUUCAAGGAUGGAGAAUGUUCAUGUGGGAACUUUUGGUGAAAACCAAUUUACACAAAACUUGUUCUAGUGCAAUAUACAUCCGAUGAUGAGCAUCAAGCCCAAAGAUCAGAAACUGGGACUUACUUCAACAAUGGAUGUUGCUGAUCAUGAUUUUUAAUCAUGCUGGAAUGAAUACAUUUACUAGGGUUUAAAGGCGUAUAAGGUCAAAAUUAACCCUACAUCGGUAGCUUAAAACAUUGAAGAGCUACCAUCGGUAUUUGGAUAACCGCAAAGAAUCUGACAUCAAUUAUCAUCAGUUUCUUACUCAGACUGAAUUCUUGUUCUUCUUCACUGAAUGUCAUCAUGCUGAGAAAAAUAUACACUAUGAAAAAGAGAUGAUUAGAAGAGUUGAAUGCAUGAUAGUGAUGCGGCAUGGAAAUGUGUGAGCCCAGAAGUUUCUCAUCAUGCCAAAAAAGGAAUAAAUCAAGCUUGGCAACUCAGCUUUUGGAGCUCGUCAACUAGAUAUUGCCAAUAUCGAAGGUGCAAUUUGAAGUUUAAAUCUAUUAAGGGCCUAGAUCAGGAACCAGGUUUUGUAGGAUCCUCAAUCUCUCAUUGAUCCUCUCUCUCCUCUUCUGUUGAAGCAAUACAAGGUUCAGCAAAAAAGUCAGCAAUGUGAAACACCAGAAGAGUGAUUUCGAAUGCUUUCGGCAUUUUUAUGAAUGACUUACCC